CCUCGAUAUCCUCGCUUUUACAGCGCUUGUUGAUCAUGCUCUGCCUCGAUCCCCAUGCACGCCGCCGUUUAAAUUCCUUGGUUAUCUGAUCGAUCAUCCCGAGAGGCUUAAAGCUCAACGUAUGUUAGGAAGUGGAUGAAUUGGGUCCUGCUCUCUGUCUUUUUCAACCAUGCUUUCCACAAUGGUCCGCCCGGAGGACACUAUAAGAAUGCCUCAUCCUUAUCGCGAGGUCGAGGAGGAUGAUGGAGCUAGGACAACGCCAGAACCAACGGGCCGGUCUUCAUCGUCUUCCUCCAACAAUGACGGAUCUGUUAAGGGUGAAGAUGAAGUUAAGCCGUUAAACGGGUCCACUGGCGAUAACAAUAGUCUUGCCACCAAGUCUCUUAGCGGCCCACGGUUACUCUCACAAGAAGAGACAAUUGAACUUGCUCGUCGUGCGGUGGAUAAUGGAAUCCAAGAAACGAAACGUUCCCUGGAGGGAAGCGAGGCUGUUAGUGAUGUGGUGAAGCCUAAAUUAACCAUUGACUUGGGACAUUCGAAUAUUGCUCGCAUUCCAGAACGCGUCGUGGAUGCUAUUAAGGAUGAAGUUGAACGACUGUCCUUAUCAAACAACUAUUUGUUUCAUAUUCCUUACCGCUUCGCAGAGUGUUCUCAUCUUCGCUAUCUUAACAUCAGGGCCAACAAUUUCCGUGAAUUUCCUAAAGGAGUGAUUAAAUUGCCGCUCCUUGAGAUACUGGACCUGAGCCGCAACAAAAUCAGCCAACUUCCUGAAGAGAUCAAGAAGCUAUCAUCACUACGAGUCUUAUCGGUCAUGCAAAAUCGGCUUGAUGACCUACCCCUUGGUAUUUCUGAUAUGAGCAAACUCCAGAUCCUAAAGGUCGCCGGAAACCCCCUACGAUAUCCCCUUCGAAGGCUUUUGGAGACUACAGAGGCCGAGAGUACCUCCUCGACCAUGACGGAUAAUGAGAAGGAGGUUGCGGUUACGGCAGAGCUCAAAAGGUUUUUGAAGACCAAGCAGCCUAUUGCACCCCUGGAGUUCGAUAAAAGCACGGAUAUCAGUGAGGGAGUUCUAGAUACACCUAAACCCGUUAAACGAGGAGUGAGCAGCCGCUUCCCCGUUAUUCCGAGUACGGGCGAGGGAUCUUGUGACCCUAAAUCACCAUCGCUAUCUCGGCCUCCCCCGAUCCCUCUCAAGUCUCACUACCGGAUUGCCUCAGGCCACAGUGGCGUUUUCCAUAGUAGUGUUCUUCAGCGUCCCGGCGCUGGUCCCUUCCCUGGGGUCAAUGAACGCAACCGAAGUAACAGCGAAGGCAUCAUUCAGGCCUCAUUCGCAGCACGCUCUAAACGUAUGGGCCUCAUCAAUCGGAAAAACACUGAUUUAGGUACGCUAGACGAAAUCCGCCCAUACCGAAAUAGCCAUCUUCGUGGUCUCAGUCAUGGAUCACUUUUUCGAACGGGACCAUCUGCCAGUAAUUCAUCGAGUCCGAGUAGCCCAAGAGAGCGCAGACGGCUAAAAGAUGGAUUUGUAAACCGAAUGUCAAGCUUACCGGAACACAAGGGGGAAUUGGAAACAGGCGAACCCAUAAUUAAAAGUGCCAAAGGGAUUCUCUUUGCUCUUUUUCAAGUCCAAUCCCAUGUCUCUGCUUUGAUCAAUGUGAUUAAACGAGAUGAUACCCGACGAAACAGCCUCGAAAUAGUCUUUUAUAAUGCGUCGACGCACGUGGACCGACUGAACGAAGCCCUUGAAAUUGCGGAAAACUCACGUUUGGAUGAUGCAGACCCAACACGAAUGCCAUGUGAAGCAGUCAAGAGAGAGUGCGAAACGUGUAUCAUGGCAUAUUCGCAUGUGGGAACGCAACUGCGCAAUAGCCUUGACAGGAUUGUGGCCAACGGCGAUCCUCGCUACGUACGCUCUCUAAUGCUUAUGAUAUACAGCAGUGUGAUUGAGCUACGCAACGCUUGUGUGGGCUUGGGUGUUCCCGUACAGACACAGAGGAAACAUUUUGCGAAACCUCCCAUACCUGAAAUCUACAAGGAGCCCGUAGUCUCGGACAGGUUUCUUGGACCGACAGUAACUCCAACACGGGGAAGAGAGCCUUCGUUUUCGACUCGUCGGUUUCGCAGCGAUACUGCAAUCCUGCAUCCCCAGAUCACUACUAGCGGACCAUUGCCAGCGGCAGCUAAUUACCAGUCAGCUGUGAGCUCUCCCGGGUUUGCUCCAACCCCUUUCACCUUUGGGGCACGCAGUCGGUCGAGCAGUCGGUCUAAUCAUAUCAACACCUCUGUUCCGUCCUCGCUCGCUACCCCCCGAUCAGGCGAAUCUUUCCCUUCCAUGCCUACUUCGGUGGUUCCUCGAAUUAAUCCCUUGACUGGAUUGGACGAGAUUGAAGAAGAGCGAAUUUUCGAGAAAAUAUUUUACCAGCUUACGUCUGCUUACACCGCGGCUUUGCAGGCGCUACCUUUAGCACGCCGUCAAUUUGUGCGAUGCCUGGAAUUAGCGGAGCAAACUAGAGAAUUCGAGGAUAUUCAAAUGUUGUGGCACAAUCUCAUUCGACGCUGUCGUGUGUGUUUGGAAGUGUCGGAAGCUCUCGGGCUUCGUCUCUCCAAUAUGAAAGUGAAGGAACCGGGGGGAGGAAUGCGCAAUCAGCGGGAAUUCUGGCAGCUUUGCAAAGCUUUCAUGCAGUCAUUUGUUGACUUGGUGACUGAUAUGCGUGAAGUCCGAGGCAUGCACCUUCUUCCAUCUGAUAUCAUCGUUGUUCUUCGACCUGUACAAAGGGCCAGCAGGGAAGCCGGACGUUUGAUCGAGGCCUCUCCGUGGUCGUAUCUUGCUGAUCUGGCACCCGGAAAUGCCCCGCCAAUCAUCUACGGGCCCCCCCUACCCUCUCAACAUCAGCAUCAUCACCAUAAUCAGCAUCAUCACCCGCAGCUCAACACCAAUCUAUCGCCCCAGUCUGUUACCCUUCCGGCGACGCCGCUGAGUGCUGCUCUUGGUCCAGCUGCGCAGGCGACCGUGCCGUCUACUCCUGCAAGUGCUUACAGCGAUAAGUUUUUCGAAGGGGACGUCUUCCAGCGAGCUGAUUCAUUGCUUUCGAUGCCAAACCAGGCGCCGUUUUUUACCCGGCGGUGACGUGUCGUACAGGGAUGAGAUUUCUUCACCUGGACCACUAUCUCAUAGACAUCCUCUAAAUCCCGCCUUCUCUUUUCUGAAAGGUCAUUCGAGUAGGGUCAGCUUCUGGCUGGACCGAAGAUAGCCUACUCAAGCGCCCCAGAGACUUGUCUUUAUUCGCCAUUUAUACGGUUCCACAUAGAUUCGGUGCACAUACACGUUUCGUCUCUUCUGACUAUUUCAAAUACAUGUCCGAGAGUUGAACCUGCACUCCUGGGCGAUUACAACUUGGUUAGUAUUUAAGUGUAUCCUUAGUUGCACGAUUGUUUUCCUGUGCCUUGUUUUCGGCAUCUUUCUCUUUUCCUUUUUUUUUUUUUUUUUUUUUCUCUUCAAAUUUCUCCUCUUGGGAUGGAGCGCAAAA